AUGAUAAUUCCUUGGAAAGUGAAAACGCAGGUAGGUGGGUCACGCGCCAUAGACAAAGGGAGAGAGAGAGAAGGGAAAAUAGGUAAGCGAGUGAAACUCCAAACAAACCCUAAUCAGGCAAUCCAAUUUGGGGGAAAAAAAGUUCGUCCAUCCACUCGCUCAACCCCGUCGCGUGGAUUUUCCAGCUUCCAGCAGAUCGAAUUUAGCACCACCAUUGAUCCUCAUUUUACAUACACGAGGUAG